GCAUCAGUCAGAGUUGGCAAUUGUACUCCCUACUGUUUCAUUCUGCUGGCCCCCAAGAGAGGGACCCUGGGAGCUAACCCAGGUUUGCCUUUAAGGCUUAAACAGGAAAGUGAGAAGAACAGGGAGUUGCCUAAAAUAGCUGGCAAAGAGGAUUUGCAUAAAGCUUCCUAGUAUAGCUAGCCUGCCCUACUCAGUAGAGCUGUGUAUGUUUUCUAUUACUCUUGGCGUUUGCAUAAUUUUGGUUCGCUCCUCCACAGGAGGAUUCUGUGACCUUAGCUCCCACCCGGUAAGGGGACUCUGACUGCCGAGGGUAGAAGGGAAAACAAGCGAUGGGAGGGAGCCGGCAAGGGCAAUUCAUACCUCACGGAGGUGGAGCCACUUCUAUACCUGGCCAUGUGCAAAGCCUUGUGAAAUAAAAGGGGAAGGCAGCACUUUCCCAAGGAGGCUGGUGCUGGGAGUCUGCAAUGAGAGGAAGUUGUUGUGAAACACGCAAGACAAACAGCCGUGGUUGUAGAAGGUCAGCUUGGCAGAAGGUAAAAGCAGACAUGUCCGGAGGGGGAGCAGUGCAUGGGACUUCCAAGGCACAGGACCGAGGAUGGGCCUGGAUCGUUCUGGCGGCCACUGUGCUGGUUCAGGGGCUAACACUGGGCUUCCCCUCUUGCAUUGGGGUCUUUUUCACUGACCUGCAGCAUGAGUUCCAAGCCACCAACAGCGAAACAUCGUGGUUCCCAUCCAUCAUGACAGCAUUGUUACAUGCAGGAGGCCCCCUCUGCAGUGUCCUGGUCGAGCGAUUUGGCUGCAGGUUCACAGUGAUGCUGGGGGGUCUGCUCAGUGGAGUGGGCAUGGUGUCCAGCUCUUUCUCCAAGUCCAUCAGCCAGCUCUACAUAACAGCCGGCUUUAUCACGGGCCUGGGAUCAUGUUUCAGCUUCCAGGCGGGAGUGACCGUGCUGGGAUACUACUUCGUGCGCCGGCAGGCCCUGGCCAAUGCCGUAGCAUCUAGUGGUGUUUCCAUUGGUCUCACGCUGUGGCCCUUGAUUUCCCAGUACUUGCUGGAUGAGAUGGGCUGGAGGAACACUUUCCUCAUCUUUGGGGGGGUGCUGUUGAACUGUUGUGUCUGUGGAGCCAUCAUGAGGCCAGUCCAGCUCGAAUCUCCUAGUCCUAGACAAGUGUCAAGGGAGACAACAGAGGGGGCACAGCUAUCCAAUGGGGCUGGCCCUCACCCAGCAGAGCCCCCGCAGCAGGGCAAGUUUGCUACUUGCUGCCGGAUGCUACAAAAGUACUUGGCCUUUGACGUCUUCUACAAAAACAAGGGUUAUCAGAUUUAUACCAUUGGUGUGACCUGGAUGGUGAUGGGCUUUGUGCUGCCUCUGAUCUACCUGGUUCCUUACGCCACCCGGAAUGGGGUAGAGGAGCGCAAGGCUGCCCUCCUCAUCUCCAUCAUUGGCUUCAUCAACAUUUUCAUGCGCCCCAUGGCUGGGCUGCUCUCAGGACUCAACAUCUUUGCUGGGAGGCGCAUCUACCUGUUCAGCCUAGCCGUGCUGCUGAAUGGCCUCAGCAACCUCAUCUGCAUCAUCUCAGCGGACUUCAGCGUGCUCGUCCUCUACUGCCUCAUCUACAGCGUGUCCAUGAGUGGCAUUGGAGCACUCGUGUUCCAGGUGCUGAUGGACGUGGUGGAGAUGGACAGGUUCUCAAGUGCCUUGGGGCUCUUCACCAUCCUGGAGAGCAUCACCAUCCUCAUUGGGCCACCACUUAUAGGUCUCCUGGUGGACCUAACUGGCCAAUUCAGUUACGUCUUCUAUGCUUCCAGCUUCUUCAUGGUGUCAGCUGCACUAUUCACGGGGCUCAGUUUCUGUGCUCUGGAGAGAAAGAAUAAGCUGAAAGAGGCCCCAAAGGGGACUGCAGACAGUCCCUCCAAAUACCAGUACACCGAAGUGCCAAGCAAGCCAGAGGCAGAGGGGCAGGCCCCUCCUGCUGUCAUGUAUAUCACCAGCAUAUGAACAAACUGGAACCCAAGGAAUCCCAGGGCCUGUGCACACAACCUCAGUGGAGGCAGGUAGGAAACAAGUGCCUGCUUUUCACAGUGACCCACAUCCUCCUUCUGCUGGGAGCUUCCACUUGCCGGGACUAUGUCACCUUCUAGACAGAAGACCCAGAGGAAGGGACUGAACCCUAACACCCCUCAUCAGCCUGCAAGCCAAAGAACAGACAGCACUUUUUUUUUUUAAUGCCUGAUGCGAAUCACAAGGCAAUGACAGAAGUCAUUUGGUGACAUCAUGGUUAAUUGAAUCUAGUUAGCUUCAAGUCUAUGACUUUUUUUUUUUUUAAAGGCCGAUUUCUUUUUCAAGUACAGCUGUUUUUAAGACCAGAAAAGCUCUGUUAGCACAUUGGCCUCUGCACUACCACAGCUUCCUGAUACCAGUGACAUUUAUCAGUCCUGGAUGAGUUACACACCAAGUCAUCUUGUUUGAACACACCCUCCUGGCAAGGACUGGAAGUGAAACUUAACCACCUCCCACAGAGGGGCAGGGAGAAACACCUUCAUUUCAGGGGAAAAGGCACUUCUGCCAUGUCCCCCAUCUCUGAAUGUGGAAGUUGUUAUACGGGUUGUAGAACUCAGGCAAGUUUCAUCUGUCAAUCGCAUCUAGGCCAAGUGGUUUUUCUUACGAGCUAAUGACCAAAAAAAUGAGCAUUCUUGCAUUUCAAGGGCAUUUUCAGGGAAACAAAGGUUUCAAACCAAACCCCAGGGAAACAGGGCAGACUCAGAGUGCUUGCAUUUUAUAGCCAGUUACUUCUCAAGUGCUUUCCUCCACACCCUCGCCCAAAAGAGCUGUAGGACAGGAUCUGACAGUUCAUGGCCAGCAUAAACAUAUUAAGACACUAAAAGAAGGACCAGCACUUAGAGAUGGACAUUUCCUUCCCUUGCCUUGUCCAGGACCAAUUAUUUGAAAAAAGUCCUGGACUUGCCAGACACAGGGCCAAUUUCAGCACUAAUGUAACACUCAGAAGGUCAGGGUCUUCUCUGGUAUAAAUAGACCUAAGUCAACCCUAGAUGAUUGGAGUUAAUGACACCCACUUUCUGAUGAAUAAGCGAGUCCACACUGAUGUAAUCUAGGAGACAAAAAGAAGUGGAAG